GACCAUUUUUCAAGACACUUGACUAGUAGUGUCUAUCUUGGGUCUUCCUUCUGGUGAAUGACCCAUCAUGCUGGUGCCUCCCUCUUCCCAGAGGCCCCCCAUUGUCCUUUUCCUCAGUCAGUAGCCAUCCGUUCAUAUGGCAAAUUGUUCAAAUCCUCCAGUACAUUUUCCCUUUCUAAGCAAUUUUUUUUUUUUUUUGGCCCUACCGCGUGGCACGCAGGAUCCUAGUUUGCCGACCAGGGAUGGAACCCGCCCCUCCCCCGUGCAGUGGACGGGCGGAGCCUUAACACUGGACCGCCAGGGAAGUCCCUAAGCAUUCUGAUGGUAUAGAAGCACACCACCUCCAGAAGGUGGGCUGGAGGAGAAUCUUGACAGUGAAAGUGUCUCACUGUAGUGAUGAGCUACAGCUACAAGAUGUUGAAGAGCUGCUCUGGCUUUUCUGGACUCUGUGCUUCACCAGUAGAGGAACCCUAUGGAGCAUUAAUUAGUUCCUGCAAUUCUAGAACCAUGACUGACGGCUUGGUGACAUUCAGGGAUGUGGCCAUUGACUUCUCUCAGGAGGAGUGGGAAUUCCUGGACCCUGCUCAAAGGGACUUGUACGUGGAUGUGAUGUUGGAGAACUAUAGCAACUUGGUCUCACUGGAGCUGGAGUCAACAUAUGAGACCAAAAAUACAUUUGCAAAAAAGGACAUUUUUGAAAUAAAUUUUCCCCAACAGGAGAUAAAGGAAAGAAGUAAAACCCUUGGCUUUGAGGCAUUCCUUUUCAAAAAUAAUUGGAAGUGUAAGAGAAGAUUUGAGGGCCUCCAGGGACAUCAAGAGGGAUACUUCAAUCAAAUGAUAAUCAGCUAUGAAAAAGUGCCCACUUACAGAAAACAUAAAUCUCUUACUGCACAUCAAAAAAUUCAUAAUCAAGAGAAACCCUACGUUUGUAAGGAAUGUGGGAAGGCUUGUAGUCAUGGCUCAAAACUUGUUCAGCAUGAAAGAAUUCAUAUGGCUGAAAAACAUUUUGAAUGUAAAGAAUGUGGGAAAGACUUUUUAAGUACCUAUCAACUCACUGUGCAUCAGAGAUUUCAUACUGGUGAGAAACCUUAUGAAUGUAAGGAAUGUGGGAAGACCUUUAGUUGGGGAUCAAGCCUUGUUAAACAUGAGAGAAUUCAUACUGGCGAGAAGCCCUAUGAAUGUAAAGAAUGUGGGAAGGCCUUCAGUCGUGGCUAUCACCUUACUCAACAUCAGAAAAUUCAUAUUGGUGUGAAAUCUUAUGAAUGUAAAGAAUGUGGAAAGGCCUUUUUUUGGGGCUCAAGCCUUGCUAAACAUGAGAUAAUUCAUACAGGUGAGAAACCUUAUAAAUGUAAAGAAUGUGGGAAGGCCUUCAGUCGUGGCUAUCAGCUUACUCAGCAUCAUAAAAUCCACACUGGUAAGAAACCUUAUGUAUGUAAAAUAUGUGGAAAGGCUUUUUGUUGGGGCUAUCAACUUACUCGACAUCAGUUAUUUCAUACUGGCAAGAAACCCUAUGAAUGUAAGGAAUGUGGGAAGUCUUUUAAUUGUGGCUCAAGUCUGGUUCAACAUGAGAGAAUCCAUACUGGUGAGAAACCCUAUGAAUGUAAAGAAUGUGGAAAGGCCUUUAGUCGUGGCUAUCACCUUACUCAACAUCAGAAAAUCCAUACUGGUGAGAAACCUUUUAAAUGUAAGGAAUGUGGGAAGGCCUUUAGUUGGGGUUCAAGCCUUGUUAAACAUGAGAGGGUUCAUACUGGUGAGGAAUCCUAUGAAUGUAAAGACUGUGGGAAGGCCUUUGGUAGUGGCUAUCAACUUCAUGUUCAUCAGAGAUUUCAUACUGGCAAGAAACCUUAUCAAUGUAAGGAAUUUGGAAAGACAUUUACUUGUGGCUCAAGCCAUGUUCAACAUGAAAGAACUAAUAAUAAUGAUAAACCCUACAAAUAUAAAGAAUGUGGGGAAGUCUUUAUAUGGACAGCUUACUCAAAUAAGACAGUUAUUGUUGGUGAAACUUUAUGAUUGAAGAGAUGUGAAAGAACAUAUUUUUGUGUGUGUACAGACAACUUACUUAACAUGAGGAGAAGUCUUACUCUUGAGAAACCUUAUUAAUGUAGGGAAUGUGCAAAAGCCUUACCUGUGUAUGGACAAUUCACUUGAUACCAGAAAAUUCAUACUAGUGAGAAAUAUUUUGAACAUGAGGAAUAUGAAAAGUCCUUUAGACUUCUGUAUGAUCUUAUUGAACAUCUAUACUGAUGUGAAGCCAUUUAAAUGUAGGGAAUGUGUAAAGAUCUUUAUUUAAUUCAUGGUGCAAAGUCUCAUAAACAUUGGAAAAAUGCUCAUUACUCUUUAAGGGAAGGAUCUAAAUUUAAUUUGGUUCUUGCCCUGCAUAUCAGAGAAUUCAUACUGCUGUGAAAUCCUGUGAAUUUAAGGAAUGUGGGAAGACUUGUAGACAUGGUAAACAUCUUAGAAUACAUCAGGGAAUUCAUCCAAAUGAGAAGUCCUUUGAAUUAGAAUUGUAGGAAGGCUUUUAGACAAGUGCUACUCAAACUAUUGGCCAGCGACUUUUUGCCAGUCCACAGAAUUGUUACCUAUCAAUCAUGAGAUAAAUGCAGAAAGUGAGAGUAAGUGUCUGGAAGCUUUUAUAGCAGUCUGAUAUUGCUAUAACAUCAUUAUAUUUUACAAAAGUAUCAGUCGAUGAAUGAUUGGAAAUUAAAAGCAAAAAGUUUGUCCUUUCCUAGAUAAUUUGAGAGACAGCAUUCACAGUUUUUAAAACAUGAGACAAGUCACAAUGUGACUUAAUUAGAACAAGAAAUCCCUUCCUUGUUACCUCCCUGAUUAAAGUAGCAGAAUAUUCAUUCCAUAGGAAGAUUUGGCUAAUGUGGGAAUCACAAUUUCCUUUUGCCCAUAAGAGCAUAGAGAAUUUAUACCAGAUAUGUUGAUUUAGUGAAUGUAUAGAAGCUUUCCAACACUAUUCAGUCUUUGUUAAACUUCAGCAAACUCUUCCUAGAGAAUAACCCUGUUAAUAUCACAAAUGUAGGAAACACCUUAUCCAUGGCAGAAACCAUACUUUUUAAAAUUUUUCAGUACACGGGCCUCUCACUGUCGCGCCCCCAUCCCCACCCCCACCCCGUCGCGGAGCACAGGCUCCGGAU